CUACUCAUGUAUUUGCUGCAUGCAAGAUAAUUAACAACUCUCAUAUGUAUAAUAUAUACAGUAUAUUUUAGUUUGCUAGGGCUGAAAUAUUAAGGAGAAAUCAGAAAAAUGGACGGGAGUAAUCUAUACAACUUAAGCAACAGUGUAAGAAACAGCUUGAGCAGAAGAGAAGGGCUGGGGAGUCUAAGAGCUAGCAGCUCAUCAGUGUGGAGAAACAGCGGAAAAGAAGUGUUCAACACAUCAGGCCGCCAUGAAGAUGAUGAGGAAGCUCUCAAAUGGGCUUCUCUGGAGAGGCUUCCGACGUUCGAUAGACUGCGAAAAGGCCUGCUUUUCGGAUCACAGGGUGCUGGAGCUAGUGAAGUUGAUGUUUAUGAUCUGGGGUACAAGGAGAGGAAGAGGAUUCUGGAUAGGUUGCUCAAUGUUGCUGAUGAGGAUAACGAGAAGUUGCUGUUGGCGCUCAGGGAAAGAGUUGAUAGAGUUGGAAUUGAUCUGCCCCAAAUCGAAGUUAAAUUCGAGCAUUUAAAGGUUCAGACAGAAGCUCACGUAGGAAGCAGAGCUUUGCCUUCUUUGAUCAACUUCAAUCUCAGUGUGGGCGAGGCAAUGUUGGAAACUCUGCACUUACUUCCAAACAGGAGAAAACGCCUAACUAUCCUUGAAGAUGUUAGCGGGAUCAUCAAACCUUGCAGGAUGACAUUGCUUUUAGGCCCUCCUAGUUCAGGGAAGACCACAUUACUGCUCGCUUUGGCCGGGAAGCUUGAUCCUGCCCUUGAGUUUUCUGGAAGGGUGACGUACAAUGGCCACAGAAUGAAUGAGUUUGUGCCUCAAAGAACAGCUGCCUAUAUUAGUCAGUACGAUGUUCAUAUAGGAGAAAUGACUGUAAGAGAAACCUUGGAAUUUUCUGCUAGAUGUCAGGGAGUCGGAUCACGCUAUGAAAUGCUGGCUGAGCUGUCAAGAAGAGAGAAGGAUGCAAAUAUUAAACCUGAUCCUGAUCUUGAUAUCUUUAUGAAGGCUGUUGCAACAAAAGGUCAAGAGACCAAUGUGGUGACUGAAUAUGUUAUGAAGGUUUUAGGCCUUGAUAUUUGUGCAGAUACUCUGGUAGGAGACCAAAUGAUCAGGGGGAUAUCUGGAGGACAAAGAAAGCGUGUUACAACAGGUGAGAUGUUAGUUGGACCAGCUAGGGCACUUUUUAUGGAUGAAAUAUCUACGGGCUUGGAUAGUUCAACAACUUAUCAAAUUGUAAAAUCGCUCCGACAUAGUGUCCACAUUCUCCAAGGAACUGCUCUUAUAUCUCUCCUCCAGCCAGCCCCUGAAGCAUAUGAUUUGUUUGAUGAUAUUAUGCUCCUGUCAGAUGGAUAUAUUGUGUAUCAAGGCCCGCGUGAAAAUGUGCUUGAGUUUUUUGAGACAAUGGGUUUCAAGUGCCCAGAGAGAAAAGGCGUGGCAGACUUCUUGCAAGAAGUGACAUCAAAGAAAGAUCAGAAGCAGUACUGGUUUCACAGAGACGAGCCUUACAGAUUUGUUACAGCAAAAGAGUUCUAUGAUGCUUAUCAGUCAUUUCAUGUAGGACUUAAACUACAAGCUGAACUUGCAAAGCCAUAUGAAAAAAGUAAAAGUCACCCUGCUGCUUUGACAACUGACAAGUAUGGAGUCAGCAAGAGGGAGCUAUUUAAAGCUCUAACUGACAGAGAAAUUUUGCUAAUAAAGAGGAACUCAUUUGUGUACAUAUUCAAAACAUUCCAACUUACCACACUAGCAAUCAUUUGCAUGACACUGUUCUUAAGAACUGAACUGGAUCACGAUACAAUCACGGAUGGAACCUUAUACAUGGGUUCCUUCUUUUUUGGUGUGGUUCUGAUGAUGUUCAAUGGAAUGGCUGAGCUUGCCAUGACAAUAGCAAAGCUUCCUGUGUUUUACAAGCAAAGAGAUCUUCUCUUUUUUCCAACAUGGUCAUAUUCUCUUCCUGUGUGGAUUGUUAAAAUUCCGAGUUCAAUUCUCGAGGCUGCAGUUUGGACAUGCCUCACAUACUAUGUCAUCGGAUAUGAUCCUAAUGUUGGGAGAUUUGUCAAACAAUUCGUAUUAAACUUUCUAAUCAAUCAGAUGGCUUCAGGAUUAUUUCGGCUUAUGGCAGCUUUGGGCAGGAACAUGAUUCUUGCAAUGAAUUUUGGGGGAUUUGCCGUACUUAUACUUUUUGCAUUAGGUGGAUUUGUCCUAGCACGGGAUGAUGUGGCUAAGAUGUGGAUAUGGGGUUACUAUACAUCACCAAUAAUGUACGCGAUGAACGCGAUUACUGUGAAUGAAUUUCUCGGGCAUCAGUGGAGCAAAUUAACUCCCAACUCAACUGAGACAGUAGGAGUUGCAGUUUUGAAGUCUCGAGGUUUCUUCCCAUAUUCAUACUGGUACUGGAUUGGAGCGGGGGCGUUAAUUGGAUUUACUUUGAUAUUCAACUUCCUUGUGACAAUGGCACUUUCCUAUAUGGACCCAUUGGGAAAACCUCAACCUCUUAUUCCAGAUGAGGAUGAUACUAAUGAAGCCACGGAAUUAUCAACCAGAGAAAUUAAUGUUGAGGCCAGUCAGUCCAAGAAAAAAGGAAUGGUUCUUCCAUUUGAACCGUAUGCCAUUACGUUUGAUGAUGUCAAAUAUUCUGUUGAUAUGCCUCAGGAAAUGAAAGAGCAAGGGGUUGGUGAAGAUAAGUUGUUGCUUCUGAAAAGUGUUAGUGGAGCAUUUAGGCCAGGUGUUCUCACAGCACUAAUGGGGGUCAGCGGUGCUGGUAAAACAACUUUGAUGGACGUACUUGCUGGUCGAAAAACUGGUGGCUAUAUUGAAGGCAACAUUACAAUUUCUGGGUUUCCAAAAAAGCAAGAAACUUUUGCUCGGAUUGCUGGAUAUUGUGAGCAAAAUGAUAUCCACUCACCUCAUGUUACUCUGUAUGAAUCAUUGCUCUACUCGGCCUGGCUGCGGUUGCCAACAGAAAUUACUGCAAAUACCAGAAAGAUGUUUGUUGAUGAGGUUCUGGAACUUGUUGAAAUAAACAAUAUAAGGAAUGCUCUAGUUGGGUUGCCGGGGGUAAAUGGACUGUCAAUUGAACAACGUAAGAGGUUAACCAUUGCAGUUGAGCUGGUGGCGAACCCUUCCAUCAUAUUCAUGGAUGAGCCAACCUCGGGGUUAGAUGCAAGAGCUGCCGCUAUAGUGAUGAGAACUGUGAGAAAUACUGUUGACACUGGACGAACAGUUGUUUGCACCAUCCAUCAACCUAGUAUUGACAUAUUUGAAGCUUUUGAUGAGCUUUUUCUUUUGAAACGUGGAGGACGAGAGAUAUAUGUUGGACCAGUGGGUCGACAGUCUUGCGAGUUAAUCAAAUACUUUGAGGACAUUGAUGGAAUAAGUAAAAUAAAAGAUGGAUAUAAUCCUGCUACUUGGAUGUUGGAAGUUACAAGUCCAGCACAAGAGAUGGCCCUGGGGAUUGAUUUCACUGAAGUGUACAGAAAUUCAGAUCUCUUUAGGAGAAACAAGGCUCUGAUUGCAGAACUAAGUGUUCCUCCCCCCGGUGCAAAGGAUCUCUAUUUUCCUAGCCAAUAUUCUCAAACGUUUAUCAACCAGUGUCUGGCUUGCUUAUGGAAACAAAGAUGCUCAUACUGGCGAAACACAGCAUAUAUUGCUGUGAGACUUAUAUUUGCUACAGUUGCAGGAUUGUCGCUUGGAUCAAUGUUCUGGGAUCUUGGUUCGAAAAUGCGUACAAGACUUGAUCUCUUUAAUGCAAUGGGUUCCAUGUACGCUGCUUGCCUCUUUCUUGGUGUCCAAAAUUCAGCCUCGGCGCAGCCAGUAGUGGAUGUUGAGCGAACAGUAUUUUAUAGAGAAAGAGCAGCGGGAAUGUAUUCAGCUGUGGCGUAUGCCUUCGCACAGGUUUUGGUCGAAGUACCUUAUGUCCUUUCCCAAACUCUAAUAUAUUGUCUCAUAGUCUAUUCAAUGAUUGGGUUUGACUGGACAGUUGCAAAGUUUUGUUGGUAUUUGUUCUUCACAUUCUUCACGUUGUUAUACUUUGCCUACUUUGGCAUGAUGACCGUGGCUGUAACUCCCAAUGCUGACAUUGCUGCUGUUAUUGCUGCGGCAUUCUACGGCUUGUGGAAUCUAUUUUCAGGAUUUAUCAUGCCACGACCUGCCAUGCCUGAUUGGUGGAAAUGGUUUUCUUGGAUCUGCCCGGUUGCUUGGACUCUUUAUGGUUUGAUUGGAUCACAAUUCGGAGACAUUGACGACAAGAUCCUUGAGGAUGUGCACCAGAACGUUAAAGAUUUUGUAGACGAUUAUUUUGGAUUUAAACACGAUCAUGUUGGGCUAGCUGCAUUUGCUGUCGUCACAGUUGCAGUUCUUUUUGCAUUAGUCUUUGCUGUAUCUGUAAAGUCCUUAAACUUUCAGAAACGGUAACAUAUAUAUCUCUUUCAUAUCCUUUUACUUUAUAUCAGAAAAUGUUGAAUGGAGCAUUGUGGAUGCUACCUUAUAUCUCAGACAUUAACAGCUAUGCAGAGGUUUGUAAUCAUCAGCAAAUGUAUUUCUUUGUUUUGGGAACUUAAAUAUUUGUAAAUGUACGAGUUUUGUCAUCAUCAGCAUAUAAUGCAGUCGCUGGAUUUUCAAUA